UCUUCUCGGUGGGAGAGCUGAAGUGAGGGGUAAAGAGGUGCUGCGAGGCGUCCAUGGAUUCAAGCCGGUUAAAGACUGGCUAAUUUGGAAAAGGAAACAAUGGCUGAUCCGGAAAAGGCAGGUGACCUGGAUGAAGUGGAUUCUGUAAGGCAAGAUGAAGAGGACACCUCUGCAGCAGAACAUGGCAAGCCUGCAGGUGCUGAAGUAGAGCAGGCAGAUAAUGCAAAGCUGGAUGAAGUAGCUUUGCUUACUGAGCAGGAACAAAAUCCAGACUCAACAGCAUAUGAACCAGGUGCCAGUGAAGAACCAGGACAGGGACCUGAUGCUGCUGAGGAACCAGUACAAGCUCCAGAUGUUGUUGAGGAAUCAGUGCAGGGCUUUGCUGCUACUGAAGAAGCAACACAGGCACUAGCUGCAAUGGAGCUGACUGCUAUAGAGGAACCAGAUCAGGCACCAGAGCAGGAACAAAACCCAGACUUAGCAACAUAUGAACCAGAUGCCAGCAAGGAACUGGCACAGAGACCAGAUGUUGCUGAAGAACUGACUACAGCUGAGGAACCAGUGCAGGUCCCAGAUGUUGUUGAGGAAUCAGUGCAAGGCCUUGCUGCUGCUGAGGUACCAUCACAGGCACGGGAUGCUGCAGUGGAGCUAACUUCUACUGAGGAAUCAGUUCAGGGAGUAGUUACUGUUGAGGAACUGGCUGAAGGCCUGCCACAAGGGCUGGACACAGCAGAACAACAAGGGGUGCCCCAUGUAGAAUCUGAUCUAACUCAGGAAGAUGUUGUAUAUGUCCAAGAUUUAGGUGGCAAAAUGAGUUCUGGAAUCAGUGGAACAACUACAGAUGCUUCUGAAAGUGGUUCUAGAAGACGUAUUGAUUUUGCUACAGAUAUGCUAAUGCAAGCCUUGGCAUCUGAAGGAGCCAAAUUUCAACAACAUACUAGAGAGCCCAAUGUAACAGUUAAAUUUAUGUUGCAUCCUGAUAUCCAGAUUUUCACCAAGGCCUUUAGCAUUAACCAAACUGUGGAUCAAAUCAAGCAAUACUUUGUAACACGGUUAAAAAUACCAAUGGACCUUUUACAAAUUAUGAAGCUUGGGAGAAUAAUUGAAAAUGAUGAAACCCUGUGGGAUCUUGGUGCACAGCCUUAUGGGAUCAUCCAGGUUGACAUGUUCUCACUUGAUGAAGAAAACUUUCCAGUCAAAGCAUCUAAACUCCUACAGGAAUACUACAUGCCCGAUGUCAUAACUGUUAGAGUACAGACUGAUCCAGACACCUUUCAGGAUAUAGAGGUAGGGAUUAAAAGGCCAACCUUUGAGAAACCGUUUCUAGGUGGAUUUAGACAUAAGGAAACAGGCACCGAAUAUCAUAAUGCAGGAUCGCAGACAGAUCCAAAGAAACGUCCAGAUAAAGGCUAUGAAGAGUUCUGUAGGUCAACACAGACAGUUUAUGAGAGAAGAAAGCUGCAGCAGACAAGAAAUACAACUUCUACACAAAUGACCAAAAUCGGAGUUUAUAUGUCAAAUAUCACUGAUAAACUUAUAGAACCGAAAGAGUAUGUGACUGCAGAAGAAUAUCAUGCACGAAGACUAAAGGCAACAAUUGUAAUGCAGACCUAUUACCGACGAUGGCUAGCAAUUAAUAUAGUCAAAAAACUUAAAGAAGAAUUGAGGUUGAGACUGGAAUGGGAAGAAGAAGAAGAGAGAAGGAAACAGAGAGAAAGGGCAGAUAGGUUGCUCAAGGAGUAUAAUCGAAGACUAUUUCCUAAAACAAAGGAUGAUUUUGAAUUACUUUAUCAUGCUUUAGAAUUAUGGAGACAAGAAGAACUUGAACGCAUCAACGAGACUUUUACUGGAGCUGAACGGAAGGCAGCUCUCUGUGGACUUUUAGAAAAAGAAGCCCAGCUGAUUGCUUCCAUUGGGAGACACAAGAUAAAUGCCGAUGAAGAGAACCAGCAAAAAGCAAUCCUGUCCUUUUUGGAAAAGUGUGCAGCUCCCAAAAAAUGGAAAGCAUUUGAUGGCAAAAUCACAGAGAUGGACACCCAGUUCACACUGCGUGCCAGGGAACUGCUUGAGAUCUAUCGCAGCAUUAGUAUGAAAGAUCUUCCUGAAGAUGAGCGUAUCGAUGUGCUGCUAACACUGAAGCAUACAGUGAAGGAACAUGAAUGCAAACUCACCCAUGAAAUAGUGGAAUUAAUUGACAGAGAAGUCGAUCUCAUGAUGAGGAAAGUGAAGGAAUAUAAUUUGGAAGGACUCAGACAAAGGAUAUGUACAUUAUUUCUUCAGUAUAUUAAAACGCCAUUUUUUAACCCAGAGGUUGCUAGACUUCUCAAGGUUCCUCCUGAUCCAAUGAAGCUUUAUCACAACAUCCAUUUUUGCCUUGGUUGCAAAAGAUACCUGCCUUCUACUGAUUUUGCAAUAUCUGCUAGUUCACAAACUGUUGGCCGGUGUCGUUUGUGUUGCAAGCUGGAUAAUCAGGCUCGCAAGAGGGAAGCCUUUUUGAAAUAUAAGCGAAUGCUUUUGAGGCUCCGAGAUUCUGAAGUGAAAUAUAAUGAUAAUGCUAAGAUUGCUUUCAUAAUACAGCAACAAGACCUGCACUACAUGAUUGAACAUUUCUGGGGUUCUCAAUCAGCUCUUAGUGCUGCUGAUGAUCUCUAUGAUCUGGUCAUGGCUCGAUGGGAUAAGUAUCAGGAAUGGUCUCCCUGGAACUGUAUCCUCCUCAGAAAUAUAGAAGCUGAAGCCCAUCUCAGACUGAAAAGUUUGGAAAAGGCUUAUGAGCCAGCAUUUAUUCACAGGAUAAAACACAAACAUAUGCUUGCAAGGAACUAUUUCUCCCAAUUUCCAGAGCUGGCAGGUGCUCUGCAUAAAGAUGACAAACCAACCAUCUCAGAAGAUCUUUUAGUAACAAAACCUUUAACACCUGGGCCAUCAAAGUAAUGCAUUCUAGAUCUGGAAGCAUUUUCACGGAUUUAUUGCUUGAAUAACCAAUCUGGCAUCGAGAUAAAUAUUCCUGUUAUCUGCUUUAGUUGUCUGUAAUUGUUUGAUUGUAUACUAAUAAACACAAAACUGUUUUAAGAUUA